AUGACUGAUCAUGGAACCCUCCCCAGAGCCACCAUCUGGCCUGAACCAGACUCUGUGAUAACCAGGGGAAGCCCUGUGACUAUCUGGUGUCAGGGGACAUUGGAUGCCCAGGAAUACCAACUGGAAAAACAGGGAAGCUUCUGGGACAGAAAUAAACCACUGGAGCCUGGGAACAAGGCCAAGUUCAAUAUCCAGUAUAUGACAGAGCACUAUGCAAUGGGAUAUCGCUGUUACUAUCACAGCCCUGCUGGAUGGUCAGACCAUAGUGACACCCUGGAGCUCAUGGUGACAGGAGUCUACAGCAAACCCACCCUCUCAUCCCUGAAGAGCCCUGUGGUGACCUCAGGGGGAAAUAUGACCCUCCAGUGUGGGUCACAGGUGGGAUUUGCCAGGUUUACUUUGACCAAGGAAGAAGAACAAAAGCUGUCCUGGACACUGGACUCACCCUCCAAUGGCAAGUUCCAGGCCCUGUUUUCUGUGGGCCCUGUGAUCCCUGGGCACAGAUGGAUGUUCAGAUGCUAUGGCUAUUACAGGAACAACCCCCAGGUGUGAUCAGAACCCAGUGACCCCCUGGAGCUCCUGGUCUCAGGUGUGUCUAGGAAGCCCUCGCUCCUCACCCUGCAGGGCCAUGUCAUGGCCCCUGGACAGAACCUGACCCUCCAGUGUCGCUCUGAUGUCAGCUAUGACAGAUUUGCCCUGUCCCGGGAUGAGGGACGUGUCCUCACCCAGCUCCCUGGCUGGCAGCCCCAGGCUGGACUCUCUCAGGCCAACUCUCCCCUGGGCCCUGUGAGGGGCUCCCAUGGGGGUCAGUACAGAUGCUAUGGUGGAUACAACCUCUCCUCUGAGUGGUCAGCCCCCAGUGACCCCCUGGACAUCCUGAUCGCAGGACAGCUCUUUUACAGACCCUUCAUCUCCGUGCAGCCGGGCCCCACAGUGUCCUCAGGAGAGGAUGUGACCUUUGUGUGCCAGUCAUGGAGCCCAACAGACACUUUCUUUCUGGCCAAGGAGGGAGCAGGAAAUUGCCCCCUGCAUCUCAGAUCAAAGUCUAGAUCUGGGCAGUUCCUGGCUGAAUUCUCCUUGAGUUCUGUGAGCCCACACAGCCCUUCUCCUUACCUGUUGUCACUGCCCAGUGAACCCGUGGAGUUCAUGGUCUCAGGAGCAGAGCAGUUGACAUCAUUACCCCCUCAUAGAACAAGUCAGACCCUAGGACUGCACCACACCCCCAAUCACACCAUGGAGAAUCUCAUCCACAUGGACAUGGCUGGCUUGAUCCUGGUGGCCUUCGGAAUUCUGCUGUUUCAGGGGUUGCAUGGCCAGAGAAGCCCCCAAGAUGUCACCAGGAGAUAA